AUGUGUGACGUUGCCAAGCAUCAGGGCGUAACCGAGAUCAGAAUUAUUGACCACAGUGUGCAGCCUAAGGCCAGUGCUGGACCUGAUGGGAGGGCUUUGGCCUAUCGCUACAACAUCUCACCUAUGGGCAGUGUAAAUGCAUACAGGCCCAAGGAGGUUGGAAGUGAUGUCGACCGGAUGAGCAUGCGGUCCGUGCAACUGGGCGCUACGUUCAAUGCCAAAUACUCCCAGUUGCCGAAAUGGCAGCUGUGCAAUUUGAUGUGGGAGGUCAAGGUGGAUGCAUCAGUACCCGCCGUGCUGAAGCCCAUCAAGCCAAAAUUCUAUUUGUUGGGUGUGAUCACCAUCAAAGAUGGAUACGCAGUCAAACUGAAGUGA